CGCUGCCGUUUCCCAAACAAGUUUCAUUGUGCAAUGGAUUAUAUUUCCUAACGUCGUUACCGAAUUAACUAAUAACAUCAUUAAAAAUGGAUUAACAAUUUUUGAAUAAAAUAAAUUUGUUAAUUUCCUUGCCGAACACGUAGAACAAUAACAGGAUCCGGAGCCAGUUGUGGGUAUCGUGGGGGACAAGGACACCUUCAUACUCUACACGCCGAGUGCGAAAGAGAAAGAGAUACUAACGUAACCUUUCGCUGAACGCUUGAACAGCUAAGAAUGGAUGACAAAAAGUGUUAAAGUCAGUGCAGUAUAGCGUGCGGUGCGGGCGUCAUUUAGGAAUCAUAACUUAGAUAAGUCACAUAAAAGUGACAUUUAAGUUAGUUAAGUGACCGGUAGGUUAGUGUUUUUAUAAACAAGAUGGCGUUUAGGUCGAGCUCAGGGGCCAUUUUAUUGGCCUGUUUAUUAGUAUUAGCAUCAUCAGCAUCAGUGCCUAAAGGCAGGAAGAAGCCAGCGAACCCGCCAGCGCGUGUCAGCGAAGAGAGCGAACGUGAUGCUGCGGAGAUCACUAACUCUUGCCCUGAAGAUGGAUUCUUUGCAGAUGCUGAACAGUGCGACAAAUACUAUGAGUGCAGGAAUGGUGAGAUCAUCGAGAAGCUGUGCCCUGACGGCAUGGUGUUCAAUGACUACGACCCGCUGGACGAGAAAUGCGACCUGCCAUUCAACCUAGACUGCUCCCAGCGGCCCAAGCUGCAAACACCCAUUCCAUCGCUCCACUGCCCGCGUCAAAACGGCUACUUCUCCCACGAAGAUCCUAAGGAAUGCGGCAAGUUCUACUACUGUGUGGAUGGCAAGUUCAACAUGAUCACCUGUCCUGAUGGCCUGGUAUACAACGACAAGACUGGCAUCUGCACCUGGCCUGAUGAGGCUAAGAAGAAGGGAUGUGGCGCUGCUGAGGUGUUCGCGUUCGACUGCCCCGCUGUGAAUGAGACGUUUGGUCUGACCCACCCUCGGUACGCCGACCCUGAGGACUGCCAGUUCUUCUACGUAUGUAUCAACGGCAACACCCCGCGUCGGUCUGGAUGCAAGCUUGGACAAGCCUUCGACGAUGUGCAUAAGAAGUGUGAGUGGGCGAGGAAGGUGCCUGAGUGCGCCGACUGGUACAAAGGUCAAUUGACUGACGCAGAACUCGACGCCCUGGAGAACCCUCCCACUCCCAAACCCAAGCCCGCCGGUGGCCAGCCAUCCCGUCGCAAGCCGCACCGUCCUCCCAAGGGAAAGGCGGUAGAAAUAGAAGAUGACGAGGAAUAGAGCAUUUAAUUAUAUGUUAUAUAGGUUAAUUAAAUUUUAAGUGUAAGAA